AAUAUCUUGUCUUAGUGCAUGAGUGAAUUCAAAAUUUACGCGUUAAAAAAAAAGAGAAAGGCAUUCCCGUCAUCGCGCGCGCGCGCGCGCUUUCUGAGGGACGUUGGGCGUAAGAGCUGUGGAAAUUCUUAGAAUUUUAACCACCGCUCAUUAAUAUUAAUUUGUUUAAAUUUUCAGCGUUGUGAUUGGCUGUCAGUUCAAAACAGUACAAGCGUGUUGGCAGCGAUUGGUCGGGUUCGUUAAAGUGGGCGUGUUUACGCAUGUAAACUUAAAACAUCAACAAACUGCGAGACGAUUCAGAAGUGUGCGAGUGUUUGAAGCAGAGGCCACGCAGACGCUCUCUGCAAACGGCGGAAUUUGAACUGAACUGAAAACAGACACUGACGAACCGUAACAGAUUACCAUGGAUAUGUUCUGCUGAGGCGGCGCACUGUACUAGCUGAAGAUAUCACUUGUUUUUAUUCGUAUAAAAACUGAAAAUGUUGGAUAAAAGGAUUGUUGACCUGCGUUCGGAUCAGCUGGAAGGCGUGAGAGCAAAAAAUGUUAAAGAGCACUUUGAGAAGCAAUAUAAGAUGGGAUCCCUUCUGGGAAGCGGCGGCUUCGGUUCUGUGUUCUCCGGACUGCGCAUUUCAGACGGACUACAGGUCGCUAUCAAACAAAUAUCCUGUGAUAGAAUUCAGCAGUGGGCCAGUCUGCCUGGUACAGCAAACAAAGUCCCCAUGGAGAUCGCUCUCCUCCUGCGUCUGGGUGAAGGGUCGGGGUCGCUACCCGGUCACCGCGGCAUCAUCCGGAUGCUCGACUGGUUUGAGAUGCCGGGUCAGGGAUACCUCAUUGUGUUUGAGAAACCCCAACACUGCCAGGACCUGUUUGACUUCAUCACUGAACGUGGGGCCCUGGAGGAGCCCAUUGCACAGAGAUUCUUCAAACAGGUCAUUGAAGCCCUGCAGUUCUGCCACUCCAAGGGAAUUGUGCACCGGGACAUCAAAGAUGAGAACAUCCUCGUUGACACCCGCACCAGAGACAUCAAAAUCAUUGACUUUGGAUCUGGUGCUCUACUGAAGGACUCCAUUUACACUGAUUUUGAAGGGACCAGAGUCUACAGCCCUCCAGAGUGGAUCCUCCAACAGCGUUACAGCGCUCAUCCGCUCACCGUGUGGUCGCUGGGCGUACUUUUGUUUGACAUGGUGUGUGGAGACAUACCCUUUGAGCGGGAUGCUGACAUUGUGCAUGGCACUCCAAGUUUCACUAAACGCAUCUCCAAAGAAUGCCAGUCUCUGAUUCACUGGUGCCUUUCGUACAGGCCGGAGGAACGGCCUAGUUUGGAGCAGAUUUUGCAGCAUCCUUGGAUGAUGGAGAGCACUGAGGACAUUGGAGAUUUGCAAGCGGAAAGCAAUAUUAAGCCAAGCCUUUAAAUCCUGAAGGAUUUUGGACUCGAUUCGGAGAUUUCACACACACACUGUUUUGUUUUACACACUGGACUUCCUGAACUCUAGUUGCUGGCUUCUGGAUUCUUCCUUAUUUAUUUUUUGUUUGGCUGCCUUCAACGUUCAUGUCGUUUCAUUUGGACUUGGGAUCUAUGCUUCUAGACGCCCAGAAUAGCCCUGGAUUGCUGCAGGUUUACUUUAUGAAUGAAUAUUUCCCACGACUACAACCAUCACAGCUCAAUGCAACUUUUUUAUUUAUUGCUGAUUAUUUAUUUUUUCCAGCCAUGAACUAAUUUAUUUUUGCAAGAAUUUCAGAAGCAGUAAACUGUGUUAGUCUUGUUUGUUUUGAAGUUCUAACUGACUUAAAUGACAGUAGGUGGACUUGCAGUUAUUUAGCAGACUGCGAUGAUACCUGGUUUUACAGGUUUCUGCUGUAUGGUGAUAUUCUCUCCCUGUUCUAAGGGGUUUCAAAAAGACUUUGGAUCUGCUUUCCAGUCUUUUGACGGGAGGCCUGGAGGAACAAUAAUUCAGGCUCAUGUGGAUCUGUUCCCAUUUAUCAACACACUCUCUCAAAGAAGGUGCGACAGAAGAGAACAGGAACAUUCCUGUGGAUCCUGUUUACUCUAAACGAACCAAUUCCCUAGAUGGAUUCCUCAGAGCCAUUACUAAGCCGGCUUUUGGUUUCUGUCGGUAUUGUUUGCGAAAUACCUGCGCUGUAACUUAAAGAAUGUUGUCAGGACGCUUUGUACUGAACGAACUCAGCUAUGUGUGAUUUUGUUGGAAGUUCCCAAAGGUCAGCAUGUUAACUAAUGUCAUGAGGGUUUCAACCACUAACCCACUGUUGAUGUUUACUAAAAAGGGCCUAUGGGCUUUUCCUAAUUGUCUGAUUACACCCCAAAGAGAUCUGCCUUACUGUCUUAUGCGAGGUAAACAUGCAUAAUGCCAGAUUAAUUUGACAUGGAUUUGAGUUAACCAAGACAAAAAAUCUUUUUGAAAUUUGUUAGUGUGUUUGGAUCCAAAACAGCAUUGAUAUGUUCAAAUUGUUUGAUUUGAGACUUUAAAAUUGAAUGUGUGCAAAUUGGACCUUUCCCAACAUAACAUGUAAUGCAUCCAUGUAAACACUGGGGUAUUUUUGGUACAGUCAGUUUUCUUUUUUCUUUCAUUUUUUUUUUGUUAUAAAAAAAAUCCUUGCAGUUUUUGCUUGGGUUGGCACAACAAUUUUCUGUAAAUACUUGUGUAUUCAACAAUGUGGCUGUUGUCACAUGAUGUUUAAUUUAAGAGAUUCUAUGAAUAAAAAAUAUAGAUGUGAAGUAUCUAUAUUUAAAGAAACACCUGUCUUGUCUUUUCUAUCCAUUUUUGCUCAUGCAAGUAAGAAAUAAAACGAGAAACUUAAGCCAUAUCACUGAUCAUAGUUUUCUGUUCAUCAAGGAAGUUUUUAAACAGGCCUCUCCAGUCCAACCAUUCAGGUUAGUUAUUCCCGACAAGUGAAGCAGGAAUGUUCUUCGCAUUUUCACGUGCUUGCUUUACUGUAAUCACAGAACUGAUUUUUCCACAUCGUUUAACGCCUGCAACUGACACCCUGAAUGUAUAUACUGGUAGACACCCCAAGUGUGCCACACUAGUCCUCAAAAGUGAAGCCAUCGUGUCUCGAUCGCCCCCAGGUGGCUGGUCCCAGUAUAGGUCAUAAACCCCACCCUCUCCAUGUAAUCUAAUGGGACAUGAGACAAACUACUUAAUUAAAUUUCACUUCAAAUAUUUUGUUUUCAAACAUGGUUUUUGUCAUUUGAUGUAGAUUUUUACAUCACACUGAUGUAAGUUCAAGUGUUCGUUUUUUAAAUAAGUUGGUUUUAGUUAGUUAUGUGAUGCUAUAAAAACAGGAGUGUGACGUCACGAUUGACAGCUUCUGAGGCGUCAAGGGAUUUUUUCGGGAUCUUCAGGAAGAGAUUGGAGUUAUAUUUACCUUAUUUUAACACAAGCCUCUUGUAUGGCAAUCAGCAGACAAAAAUUGGAGCAGUCAGGCUGAUUUAAAAAAGGUGCGCGUGCUUGUAAAUGGCGGCCUCACUUUCCUUCAAUGGAAGUGAGUCAAGGUGCGUCGUCCAUCUUUUUUUUUUUUUUUUUAACAGUCUAUGAUAGACACCUGUUGGUGUGUCCUUCAACAUUGGUUUUAUUAAUAAUUAGAUCUUUAUUUGGAUUUGAUACACGUGGGGACGACUGCCUGGCUCAACGAGGUAUUGAAGAUAUCCGUUAGGACAACCGUCAGCUGUGCAGCACAGUCUCUCAGUACACGGCCAGGUAUGUUGUGAGGGCCCACAGCCUUACAUGGGUUAUUCCUGGACAGGGUCUUCCAUACGUCAGCUGGAGACAGACAGAGCACCUGGUCGUUUGGUGUGUCGCUCUGUAUCUCAAAUCGUGAGAAGAAGUGGUUGAGUGCAUCUGGCAGGGAUGCGUCAUCGUCACUGGCCUGUGGCAGGGGCUUGUAGCCAGUGAUGGUCUGAAUGGCUUGCCACAGGGUCCGGGUGUCUUUACUGUCACUGAAAUUAUUGUUGAUUUUUUUGAGCAUAUUGAUGUUUUGCAUUCUUGAUGCCAUCUUGCGGUUUUAUCUCCUGAUCUGAAUGCCUCAUCUCAGAUUUUAGCAGCCCGUGAACCUCAGCUGUCAUCCAUGGCUUCUGGUUGGCUCGUGUGGUAUUGGUCCUGGUGACGGUCACAUCAUCCAUACACUUCUUGAUGCAAGCAGUCACUGUUUCGGUGUACUCUUAUAAGUCUGUGUGAUGGUUGUAGGUGGCUGCCCCCCUGAAAAUGUUCCAGUCUGUGUCCUGGAAGCAGUCCGGCAGUGCUGAGGUAGCAUCGUCUGGCGAUACUGUGAUCUGCAUUUGAAAAGAUUUGGCAAGUUUCAGACAUGGUCUGUAUGCUGGAAUUAGCAUAACAGAGAUGUGGUCUGAGUAUCCGAGGUGGGGUUCAGCCUUACAUGUUCUACAUCUUCGCCGCCAUCUUGGAUCUGAAGCCCAAUUCUGAGUGUGCUACACACAGAGCAGCGGCGGGGAAAUCAUCAUUAAGCCCUGUAAUCAUUACAGAUCGAGCGGAUCAUCAAAGUUUGUGGGCAGAUUGGACUUCAUGUUUGAUGAUGAUUAUGAUGAUGGCAGCAGCAGUCAGUCCACACAGAAGCACUGAAGAUAAAACAUCCACCCGAAGACUGAAUGACGUGAAGGUAAUGAAGUUCAUCAGUCUGGUGAUUUUGGUGAUCCAGAAUGUAUCGCUCAUCCUCAGCAUCAGCUACGUGUGGACGUUGUCUGAUUUCUUGGCCACGUCUGCUGUUGUGAUGGCAGAGAUUCUUAAAGUUCUUACUUGUCUGUUUGUCAUCUCGAUGCAGAGGACUGGAGAAGCAAGUUUUUAUGACAUUGCUUGGGUUGGCAGAACUGUUUCACUGUAAAUACUUGUGUAUUGAACAGUGUAAUGUGACAGUUGUCAUAAGAUGUUCCAUUUAAGUGAUUUUAUAGAUAAAAUAUAUGUUUUGAAAUAAACAACUCUCUUGUCCAUUAUAUCAUAAUUAGUGGCAAAUAUAUAUGUACUGUCUUUUUGUGUAAAAAAAAAAGCAAAUAAACA